AUGAUGCCGAAGCGAGAGAGCUCUGCGAUUCCAGUGCGGGUGCGAGAUUCUUCAGACAGGUCGGUCAAUUCGCACUCUCUGACUCCUCUUGAGACAUCACCACGGGAUCUGUCUACACGUCUUUCCGAGCAAAGCUUUGAGCACAUCACCGCCAACGACCGUGCCAAGAUAGUGAAUGGAAACAUCUUCUAUGGCAAUGUGGUAAACCAUCAUCCCAGUGCACCUGCCGUCCCUACAGAGAUGUCAAAGGAGGGACCACUUUUCUGUGAGAUGCGGGAAGAACGCGAGCAUCGAAACCGGGUGAAGGAGGAGCAAAGAAAACUUCUAGAAGAAGCAAUGGAAUCCUUGCUUUUUCAAGACAUUAACUUUCGAUAUGCCACCACCCAGACGGCUCUUACUGAAACAUGUAACUGGAUAUCGGAGAAUCCCGCAUUCAAGAAAUGGACCCAUCGAUACGCGCGCAACAAGAAUAAUGGCUGCCUUUGGAUCAGGAGUAAGCCUGGUGCCGGCAAGUCAAGUCUCAUGAAGUUUGCGGUCCAACGCGCCCAAGUGGAAGCUACCCGAAGAGCCGAAGUACUCGAWCGAAGGAGAGCUCAGCAUGAAAGCGUUAAACAGGAUGAUUCUGGCAAUGAAGACAUCAUUAUCCAAUUCUUCUUCAACGCACGCGGAGAUGUUUUGGAAAGAUCGGCCGAAGGGAUGUAUCGCUCCCUCGUACAUCAGCUUGUCUCACAGCACAGAGAGAAGCGGCAUCGACCUUGGCUUCUUGCGYAUAACAAGCCCGCCCAGAACGGGUGGCAAUGGCCACUGGACGUCUUACAAGCCACAUUCGAARACGGCGUGCUGGGCAUAGGCGAUGCUCGUUUGACUUGCUACAUUGAUGCUCUCGACGAAUGCGAUGCAGCUCAGAUUCGGGAGAUUGCCGCUUUCUUCGAACGACUUAUUGAGCGAGCCGCAGCUGUAGGCGUUCGCUUUUGGGUCUGCAUUGCAAGCCGACACUAUCCCCAUGUUACCAUUGAUGGGUCUCUUGAAAUUGUUCUCGAUGACGAGGCGGGUCAUCGACGAGACAUCGAGAGAUACAUUAGUGCCAGGCUCAAAAUCGUCACAUCUGACGAACAGAGGAUCAGAGCUGAGUUGCAAGAGCGCGCGGCAGGCGUAUUCUUGUGGGUCGUUCUGGUCAUCAAGAUUCUCAACCAGGAGUCUGAUCGAGGGCGUAGCUACGCAUUGCGGCAGCGGCUUCGUGAAAUGCCCAAUGACCUCAACGACCUUUUUCAGGGCAUUCUGGACUCAAGUCAUGGCGAUCGCGAGGAAGUCGCCAGGUUGUUAGAGUGGAUAAUGCUAGCAUCACGGCCGCUUCGUUGUCAGGAGCUGUAUUAUGCGAUUCGAAGCGAUCUCGAGUAUUCAGUCGUCGCACCAUCCAAGGACGGGUAUCCUUCGCGCGACGCAAUGGCCAAGUUUAUACUGCACACCUCAAGAGGCCUUGCAGAGGUGACGCACGGUCCGGAUCCAGUGGUCCAGUUCGUGCACGAGUCUGUUCGCACAUUCCUAUUUCAAAAUGAUGGCUGGAGAUUCACUAGAGUAGGAGAACCCAUUGGGCGAAGUCACGAGCGACUCAAAGCUUGCUGUCAAACAUACAUAUCGGCGGCGAAGAGAAACAGCAUGGAUAUCGCGUCGUCCGAAGAGCUUCCCUUUCUGCGCUAUGCCGUUCACGGUGUUCUCUAUCAUGCGCAUCAGAGCAGUGUCAAACAAGAUGAGUUUGUCGCCUCCUUCUCCCCGGAAAUCUGGAUGUCUGCUGCGCGGCUUGCAGACCCAGAGCGAUUUGCCAAUGCAUCGAUUGACUCGCUCUGCAUCUUUGCAGAAGCCAGCACAUAUCGUCUUCUUGAAUUAGCGGUCCAGCACGAUGAGCGCUUCACUUCGUCGCCAGGACGUUAUAUUGAGGCGACUGGCACCGUAACCGCCCACAGGAAGCCAACAGAAAUCGAGCUGUUGCUACUCGGUGACGAUAGUGAGGGGAGCCUGGAGAAGGAGCGGCUCAACACUCUCAUCAACAUGUCAUUGAAUGCAAGAUACACGCUCGUCAUGGUACUUCUCUUACAGUACCGCUGGGAGGGACACAUCAAAGAUGAGCUUUGCCUCGAUUUCCUGACGUGGGCGCUGGCAAACGAACAUAUGGAGGUCCUAGAGCUGCUAGUCACGCACAUCGCCAAGUUGGAUGGAUAUGCUUACAGCAUUCUCGAACUAGCCACCGAAGAUGGUGCUAGUGUCUUGGUCCAGAUGCUUCUCGACAAGCACACCAACUCUCUACUCCGCGAGCGUAAAUACAGUCGUCUACUCCGCACCGCAGUAUACUUGGGCCACAUCCGAACCRUGAGAGUACUGCUUGAUAGAGGUGCGGACCUCCACUUCUCAAGUCGUCGAUAUGGCCACCUUCUCUGGAUAGCCGCAAAGGCCGGACACUCUCAUAUAGUGCAAUUGCUAUGCGAUAGAGGUGCAGAGAUUGAUCGAAGAGCUUGGGAAGGGAAGAGCACGCCCCUUCAGGUCGCAUGCUUUAAUCGUCAUGUUACCACUGUGGACAUACUGCUGAAAUGUGGCGCAGAUGUGACUGUAGAUGGAGCAGAGUACGGGACUGCACUGGAAGCGGCUAUGUACUGGCCGCAUUCCGAUCAAGCGAAGACAGUCGUGCAGAUGCUACGGAGGCAUGGUGCUGUCAUAUGA